AUGAAUCAUAGGGACUUGGAGAAUAACUCACCAAGAGGACACCAAGAGCUUCAAGAGUCGGCGCUGCUGCCAGUGCUGCCGCCACUAGUAGGUGAUGACACUACCACUACCACUACCACUACUGAGCAAGUAGAUGAACAUACGCCUUUGUUGAGGAGCAGGACAGAAGUACCGUACUUGUCACUACUUGGACGCAUACUAAACCCCAAUUGGUUUCACAUCAUUCUCAUUGGUGCAAUGCUAUUGAUUGCAUCAGUCUAUUUAACAGCUAAUAACCUUGAGGAAAGGGCGCGUGAGGCAGUCGAUCUACAAGUUCACAAUGCUAGACUACUAGGAUUGACAAGUAUAGGAGCCCAAGUACAACUAGAAGCGUCAAUAACCACUAAUUAUGACUCGAUGAAAAAGAGCAAUUUGUUACAAAAGUCAAUGGUGAAGCUAGGAGCUGUUAUCAUGGGUAGUCUUUCAAUAUCAUUGCCAAAACCAGUACAAAUCCAAGUACGAUUGGUUGAUGUUGAGAAAAGCCCCUUUGUACCACUAGGCUAUGCACAUCCACCACCAUCAUUACCCAUAAAAGUAAAUAUUAGAAACAAUGUGACUACUCAUUUGAACAUAACGAGCGAAUUCACCUUUGAACAAAGUCGACUUCUUGAGUUUCUCAAAUACUACUAUCAGCUAGAUGCGAGCUUGAUAAAUAUGGAAGUCAAGGCUUUACAAGAAAAGGUUAAAGUGCAAAUAUGGGAUCUGGUUUACAUAAAUUUGGCCAACAUUGAAAUCAGCGAUUAUAUAACCAUUGAUAAAAACGAGUUGAAAUUACUCGAAAAUGUCGAGAUUUUGAAAUUUGGGAUAAAUUCAAUAAAAGCCGAUGUUCUUGAUUUGUCAGUUGACUUGGCGAUAUACAAUGACUAUGGUCUAGAGUUGACUUUGGAUACAAUUUGGUGGGAUUUACUGUUUGCAGAUUGUAACGGAGAAUUGAUAAAAGUUGGAAUUUGGGAAUCUUUACCCUUCAAAAUACAAUCUUUGGAAAGGGCAGUAUUGAAUGUAACAGGUGUUAUAAAAGAAGUUCCUAGCCGUCUCAUGGACGAUUGCUCUAACAAUGUAAGUCCAAUCAAUCAAUUAGUUCAACGCUAUUUAAACGAAGACCCAAUUGAGUUUUACCUACAUUUCAAUGAAAACAAUCAAGCAAUGACACCCACUUGGUUAUUUGAAUUGUUGAAAAGAUUACCACCUACAAGACUUGAGAUAAAACUCCCGCGAAUACACGUGGCCUACUACCUUUGGGGUUUUCCAACGGGAUCUACUGAUCUUGUGAUUAAUGAAGCAAAGGAAACCGAUUAUCCAAACACCUUCUCUUUUAAAGUGAAAAACAAUAGUACAAUUCUGGUUAAGAAUUACACGUCACUAAGUCUAAGUCUGGAACUUUGCAAAUUGAAAGUGGACUUUAGUUUGGAAACAAAAGAGAAUAAAUUAUUGCAAGCUAAGUCACAGGAUUUCAUUUACUCCACAAUUGAACAAUUAAAAGAGGUGUUGAAGAUUGAUAUUAACUUGAUAGAUUUGGACAUUGUUGUAACCGAUCCUAUUGCUUUAGGAAAGGCCACAAACGAAAUCAUAAAUGAUGGUGGUGAUGGUGGUGGUGGUGAUGGUAAAAGCAUUACUGAAUCUCCAGAUAUAUUGUUGAAUGCAACUCUUGGUAGUGUUGCGCUAACACUUUCGAUUUUGCAGAAUCUAACAAUAAGCAAAAUAGACAUACCCUUGAUUACACUUCCCAAAAGAUUCACCCCUUUGGAAGACAUUGGAGCACUUUUGCCUCAACUCGAUAUUGAAAUCGAAGAGAUUUAUCUCCUGGAUGCAAGUAAUAAUGAAAUUGAGUUUUUUGUUGAAUUAUCCCUUUUCAAUCCAACAGAUAUUCUGAUAGAGUUUCCCAUUUCUGCAAACCAACUGGUGAUCCUAGGUAUGUUUAAAGGGGGAGUUCGAAUAGGUUCAUUGAUUAUGAAGCAUCAUAUUUCAGUAAGUAAGCAAGAACGCACGCAAUUAAUGACUAUUUUGAAGCUUCAAUAUACAACUUAUUCAAACAAAGUUGUGCUACAAGACUUUUUAAGUUCAUACAUAUCCUCGUCGUCACAGUUGCCAAAUAACCUAACUGUUGACAUUAAGGAAAACUCUGUUAUUGGGAACCAAGGAUUAAACUCGUUUUUACAAGAAAUUGAAGUACGAAACGUCACGGUACCUGAAGUAACGUUCAAUAUACCCGAAUACCGUAGUAGUGACUUUAGUCAGUUUAUUAUUGAUGUAACAAUCCACAUCUUAACGUCGGAUAUUGAGUUGAAAGUUUACAAUCCAUUAGUCAAUGCAGAGAUCCAACUUGAGAUUUUCCAAGCUUACGCUAAGCAUUGCGAUGAAGUUUUGGGGUAUAUAGCUAGAAGAGAAGUCUUGAUUAUCCCGCCUGGAGUUAUCACUACACCACGCAUACCAAUCAAGGUUUAUAAUGAUGCAGCGAGGAAAGUAUUGCGUGAAGCAGUCAAUGCGAAUUUGAAUAUUGAUGUUGUUGUAGAUUUGAAUGUUGCUGUGGAUGUAUUUGAUGUUAGGUUAGUGUUUCAAGGAGCUCAAUUGAUUUCAAAGAUACGAUUUUGA